AAAAAUUAGAUUAAAAUUAAAAUAAAGCAUAUUUCUCUCUGUGUUUUUGUGCCUUUUGUUCUUGUUGGUUUAAGUUUUUGUGAUUUGGUGAAUGGUGAGAGCGCAAAGAUUGAAACUUGUGAAACGUCUCUCCUUCAAGUUUAUGAAAGGUCAUGGCGGAGAACAAAAUUAUAGCAAUUUGUCAGUUGGGUGGUGAGUUUGAGACUGAAAAGGAUGGCACAUUGUCAUAUAAGGGUGGCGAUGCUCAUGCCAUCGAUAUUGAUGACCAAAUGAGGUUUAAUGAGUUCAAGAUGGAAGUAGCAGAAGUGUUUAGCUGUAAUGUUAAUACAAUGUCUCUGAAGUACUUCCUCCCAGGUAACAGAAAAACUCUUAUUACAAUCUCCAAUGACAAGGACUUAAAGAGGAUGAUAAAGUUUCAUGGAGAUUCUGUCACUGCUGAUGUUUAUAUUAUCAUGGAAGAAAUUGUUGAGCCUGAUGUCUCAAACAUGCCUGCCAGUAGAUCAAGCAGAACAACUCUUUCGGAAGCAGUGCCUCCAGUUGAUGCACCCCUUGAUGUUGUGGAAGACAUGGUGGAUGAUACUAAUAAUUCUGUCAUCCCACUUGAUGCAUCACUUGAUGUUGUAGUUGAUACCCACCAUAUUGAUGUUAAUCUUGAUGAUACACAGAUCGAGCUCCCAGCCGAAAUCUCGCCCAUUCUUGCUCUUGUUAAUUCCAAUGAUGAGAAGCAUGCGAAAGCUGCCCAUCAGUGGCAGAAUACUAUCACAGGUGUUGGCCAAAGAUUCAGCAGUGUUCAUGAGUUUCGCGAACUGUUGCGUAAAUAUGCCAUUGCACAUCAGUUUGCUUUUAGGUAUAAAAAGAAUGAUAGUCAUCGUGUGACUGUCAAAUGCAAAGCUGAAGGUUGUCCUUGGAGAAUUCAUGCAUCAAGAUUAUCAACUACUCAACUAAUAUGUAUCAAGAAGAUGAAUCCAACACAUACAUGUGAAGGUGCCGCUGUGACAACAGGGCAUCAGGCAACUAGGAGUUGGGUGGCUAGUAUUAUUAAGGAGAAGUUGAAAAUUUUCCCCAACUACAAACCCAAGGAUAUUGUCAAUGAUAUCAAAGAGGAAUAUGGAAUCCAGCUUAAUUACUUUCAGGCCUGGCGUGGGAAAGAAAUAGCAAAGGAGCAGCUUCAGGGCUCGUACAAAGAGGCAUAUAAUCAAUUACCCUUUUUCUGUGAGAAGAUAAUGGAGACCAAUCCGGGUUUUGCCACCUUCACUACUAAGGAAGACUCAAGUUUCCAUCGUCUGUUUGUCUCAUUUCAUGCCUCGUUGUAUGGCUUUCAACAAGGUUGCCGACCUCUCCUUUUUCUUGAUAGCAUACCUUUAAAGUCAAAAUAUCAAGGUACAUUGUUGGCUGCGACAGCUGCAGAUGGGAAUGAUGGAGUUUUUCCUGUUGCUUUUGCUGUUGUAGAUGCAGAAACUGAUGAUAACUGGCAUUGGUUUUUAUUGCAAUUGAAAACUGCACUAUCAGCAAUACCUUGUCCUAUAACAUUUGUAGCAGACAAACAGAAGGGUUUAAGGGAGUCUAUUGCUGAGAUAUUUAAGGAUUCAUAUCAUGCUUAUUGCCUACAAUACUUAACUGAACAGCUUAUAAGAGACGUGAAGGGACAAUUUUCUCAUGAGGUAAAGCGUCUCUUGGUUGAAGAUCUUUAUGCUGCUGCUUAUGCGCCGAGACCAGAAGGAUUCCAGAGGAGCAUUGAAAGCAUCAAAGGUAUUUCUUUGGAAGCAUAUAAUUGGAUCAUACAGAGUGAGCCCCAGAACUGGGCAAAUGCAUUCUUUCAGGGUGCAAGAUAUAACCAUAUGACAUCAAACUUUGGAGAGCUGUUUUACAGCUGGGUGUCAGAUGCACAUGAAUUACCAAUAACACAGAUGGUUGAUGUGAUACGGGGUAAGAUUAUGGAGUUGAUUUAUACAAGACGAGCAGAUUCUAGUCUGUGGAUGACACGAAUAACACCAUGCAUGGAAGAAAAGCUGGAAAAGGAGAACCUAAAAGUCCGUAAUCUGCAAGUGCUACUGUCAGCUGGGAGCACUUGUGAAGUUCGUGGUGACACUAUUGAAGUGGUUGAUAUGGAUCAUUGGGAUUGUAGUUGCAAAGGGUGGCAACUGACUGGUUUGCCAUGCUGCCAUGCUAUUGCUGUCGUUACCUGUAUUGGACGGAGUGCAUAUGACUAUUGUUCCAGAUAUUUUACGACAGAAAUGUACAGACUAACAUAUUCAGAGACAGUACAUCCUGUUCCCGAUCUGGACAGGCCUGUACAGACAGAUCCUUCCCAGGUUGCAGUGACUGUAACUCCUCCUCCCACUCGUCGUCCACCAGGCCGACCAACAACAAAGAAAUCUGGAUCUGAUGUAAUGAAGCGGCAACUACAGUGUAGUAGAUGCAAGGGUCUCGGACACAACAAAUCCACUUGCAAAGAGUCCUUGUAAUGUUCAAGAUACUGUAUGUAGGUCAUCCAUUUUUACCUUGCAGUACAUUUUUUUAAUAGGAUGUGUAUAGAGAUUCAAUUACUUCUUGGCAAAUGCAUUUCUGAAAUAUCUAUGGUCAAUAGAUUAA